AUGUUUGCUACCAACAUGGAUUCGGCGCGGGAUGUAGGUGGAGCUCCAAGCACGGUGUUGAUCCCAAUGCGGUUUGUGUGGCCUUAUGGAGGCAGAAGUGUAUUUCUCAGUGGUUCAUUUGCACGGUGGUCUGAACUUAUUCCUAUGACGCCGGUUGAGGGUUGCCCCACUGUGUUUCAGGCUAUUUACAGCGUAAUGCCUGGAUAUCACCAGUACAAGUUUUUCGUUGAUGGAGAAUGGCGACAUGAUGAGCACCAACCUUAUGUGAGUGGUGAAUAUGGGUUAGUGAACACCGUUCUCUUGGCUACGGAUCCUAAUUUCUUUCAUCCAAAUGUAACCCCAGAGAUAACUUCUGGAUCUAAUAUGGAAGAGGAUACUGAGGCCUUUCGGCGUUUGGUCCGGAUUACAGAUGGUAAUUUAACUGAUGUAGUACCGAGGAUAACAGAGGGUGAUCUGCAGGGCUCUCGUCAUCGUAUUUCUGUUUUCUUGUCUGCACAUACCACUUAUGAACUACUCCCCGAGUCAGGCAAGGUUGUCGCCUUGGAUGUUGAUUUGCCUGUAAAGCAAGCAUUUCAUAUAUUGCAUGAGCAGGGAAUCCCUUUGGCGCCUCUUUGGGACUUCAGCAAGGGACAGUUUGUUGGAGUUCUAACUGCAUCGGAUUUUAUAUUGAUAUUAAGGGAGGCCGGGCCAUAUGAUAAUAUGAAAGAUGUUGUUUUGAAACUUUUGCAAAAUGAGGUUGCUACGGUUCCAAUUAUUCAUUCAUCUUCAGAAGAUGGCACAUUUCCACAGCUAUUACAUCUUGCUUCGCUGUCUGGUAUUUUAAAAUGUAUUUGCAGGUACUUUAGGCAUUCUUCUAGCUCGUUGCCCAUACUUCAAGCACCAAUAUGUGAACUUCAUGUGGGUACUUGGGUUCCGGAAAUUGGAGAGUCAAAUUGUCGGCCAUUAGCAAUGUUGAGACCAAGUGCUUCACUUAGUGCAGCAUUAAACUUGUUAGUGCAAGCUCAAGUAAGUUCAAUACCUAUUGUUGAUGAUAAUGACUCUUUACUGGAUAUAUAUUGUCGGAGUGACAUAACGGCUUUGGCUAAAGAUAGAGCAUAUGCACAUAUUAAUCUCAAUGAAAUGACUAUUCAUCAGGCAUUGCAGUUGGGACAAGACUCUUAUUCUCCCUUUGAACCAAGAAGUCAAAGAUGUCAGAUGUGUUUGCGCUCUGAUUCGCUGCAUAAAGUGAUGGAGCGAUUGGCCAAUCCAGGUGUCAGACGACUUGUCAUUGUGGAAGCUGGCAGUAAGCGGGUUGAAGGCAUUGUUUCACUAAGUGACAUUUUCAAGUUCUUGCUUGGUUAG